AUGGAUCAAACUUCCGGAAAUACGAGAAGAAAUAGAAGUAGCAGAGUUGGUCGGUCCUCCAAUCUUGCAUCAAAUCCAUCCGCGGAGCAAGCGGGAGAUCAUUGGCAAUGCCAAUUACCAUUCCCAUGGCCCCUUCAGAACUUCAGUUGCGGCGCAUGGAAUAAACCCAAUGCAGUAACAUGUAAAGCCCCGGAGGAAAACCCCUUCAAGAAUGUCGACCCAAGCAAUCCGGGGGGACAACGUGGAUGCGGUAGACAAAAGCUCGAUGGAUUUUGGACACUGGCGAGUCACGUCAGCAGAUUAAAUCUCUAUUAUAGAAAAAGAGAUCAGAUCCCUGACAUCGACUGGGUUGUCUUGAAAGAUGGCAAACGUGUUCGCAACAACGAAGAGAGAUAG